AUGAGAUCAAAAUCGUCUCCAAGAGAAGGCCAGAAAGGUUUCAGAGCUCCAUGGAAGUGUGUCGGCUUCGUGCCUCCUUCGAUCGCGCUCUCGCUCCUCAUGAGUUUCUGUGAAUCGCUACUCUAUGUUCCUCUUCAUCGUCCAUCUUUUUCAAUGGUUGAUCUGGAAUCUGAUCGUAUCUUAGGCCCCAAGGACAAUUUAGAGGAAAUUGAGAAAACCCAAUUGAGAAUUCCGCCUUCCUUUAGUUUGAUACCGUCAAAAGAAAAAACUGUCAACUUGCAAAUGAUGAGGAAUGACGGUGAUGUUGUGGUGAUUGAUGUUCGGUGUGUUCCAAAUAAUUAUCAUGCCAAAUAUAAGGCCCAGGAGCGCACGGGGCUGGAUCCUUUAUCCAUCCUCGCUCUAUGCAGGUUCAAGUACUUGUAUUUUGAGCAGCUUUUCCGUUACUAUGGUCAACAUCAGCAGCCUCCUUCAGGGCAGCUGGUUGCCAGGUCUAACUUCUUUAUUCAUGAGCAAGAAUCAGCUCUUGUUACUCACCAGACUGCCUUCUAUUGCUUCCUUGACCGGAGGACUUUUAACCGCAAUCUCUAUGUUUUAAAUGCUUGGCAUCGGAAAGACUCUUACCUUUCCUCUUCUAUGUUUGGAGGACAUGAGCUAGAAUGCUCCAAGCUUUUAUGA